CCGAACCGACGGCUUCGGCUGCAGGUGGGGCUGCUGCAAACUUCAUCUCCUCCCACCUCCUGGGAUUGAGCCUGCCGCCGGUCCCGGGAUGCUGCGAUGGGAUCCGGAUGGGGCUGGCUUUCCCCCAUGGCAUUCCCUGAUGGCGUUCCCGCGGCAGGGACGCGCUUUCUCCAUCAUUUCUCUACCAACCAGAUCAGGGUCCAGCCAAGGGAAGCCGCCGGCUUCGUGACACCCUCAGAACGCGAUUGCUCUGUAUAUGUGCCCGCAGGUUGGGAUUGUCGCCGUUUGCCGAGCCGCUGUCGAGGGAGAGCCUCGGGGAUGAAGCUGGGGGCCACCUGCCUGCUGUGCUUGCUCCUCACCUGCAUGGCCCUGCCCGCCGCCGGCCGCCUCCGUGUGCACUCCAUGGAAAUCAGGAGUAAGGAGAGCAGGAACCCAGACAUCGACCCCUUCUGGUACACCGGCCGUGGCAUCAGGCCCGUGGGGCGAUUCGGGCGACGGCGAGCACUUGGGGAAAGUGCCCAACCCAGGGGGGCUGUCCUGCAUCCUGCCUGCAUCCCCCCGCACACCCAGCCCCCCCGGGAGCAGCAAAGUGCCUGAGUUGAAGAUGCGGGAUGCCAAUAAAAGCCUUUUUUCCU